AUGACUACUUCAUUUACAUUUAUUAAUGAUAUUAUUCGUGAUUAUUUUCAAUAUCGUAAUUUAACAUCUACAUCACGUAUAUUCGAUAAUGAAUUAUUAAAAAUACCAUUUGGACAAUAUCGUGCUGAUCGUAUUAUUGAACGAUUAACAGUUUAUAUUCAUCAAUUUGAUAUAAAUAAUUUAAUUGAUUAUUGGACACAAAUUGAACAACAUCUUUUAUCAACAUUAACAAUUGAUUCUCAACAAUUAAUAAAUAUAUUUACAAAAAUUCGUAUUAAUUUAUAUCGUUGUUAUUUAAUACAUGCAAUUAAAUCAUCUAAAAUAGAUAAAAUAAAUGAAUUUUUUGAACGUUUAACAAAAUUUUUACAACAAACAAAUGAAUGGACUAAAGAAUGGUUUACAUUACCAUUUAUUAAAAAUCCUGAAGAAAAUUCUAUAUUUCAAAUUUAUUUUUCUAAACAAUGGAAUGAACUUUUUUGGAUUUCAUUACAAAAUUUUUUAUCUUUAGCUUUGUAUAAUACAACACGACCUAAAAUUUGUUCAAUCGAAGAAGAUAAAUCUCAAUCAUUCGGAAAUUUAAUUAGUCUACAAUCGACAACAACAAAGCCAUUAAUUCUAUCAACUAUGAAUGUUAAUCCAUUGAAGACACAAUCAACUAGAAUAUUCAAUGAUGAACAAUUAUCUUCAACUGAACAAUCGAAUCUAACAAUAAUAUCUAAAUUACGAAAUAAACUCUUACCGAGUAUCAAACAAAAUCAAACUACAGCAUCACGAUAUCAAUCACGAUCGUUGUUGACUGGUUCGAAAUCUUUUUUUAUUGAACCAUUACAAGAAUCUACAAUAGAAAAUCCAAUACCAUUAUUAAAAGAUGAUUUAACAACUCUACAAAGAUCACCAUCAUCAUCAUUAACAAGAUCGAGAUCAUCUACAUUUACGUAA